GCAAUUCUGUCCACAGAAAGAAAAACAAAACUAAGUCUCCCUUCAAUAAUUUGCCUAAUCCACUGAUCUUCUUCUCCUGGCUUAGCGCUUAGCAUCGGGCAGAGGCAAAUAUUUUAUGGAGUUAGGGGUGCGUUCAAAAACAGAAGACAGAUUUUCAACGCAUACCAUAGUUAUACUUGUGAAAAACAAGUUUUGAACCCACAUUUUUCAAUAAACUCGGAGUCUUGAACCUUAAAUUUAAAUCUUGGAACAUCUCCGCGUGCAGGCAUAUAAGUGAUUGUUUAUAGUCAUGAGUCGCAACACAGAGCCCCUUCUUGAUAAUGAUCAGCUGGACGGAGAAGAAAAGCAGGCGGUGAGUAGACGUGGCAAUAACGACGACGUUGGAUUUGUUAAGGAAUUUGGUUGGGAGUCGAAGAGGCUAUGGGAGCUGGCUGGUCCUGCCAUUUUCACUACCGUAUGUCAGUAUUCACUUGGUGCACUCACUCAGACUUUUGCCGGUCAAAUUGGGGAGCUUGAACUGGCUGCUGUCUCUAUUGAAAACUCUGUUAUUACCGGCCUUGCUUUUGGUGUCAUGAUAUUUGUGGCUGAAAAUGAGUUUGAAGAAGGGGCUGAAGUUUCUGUUGAAAGAUCUCAUCAAGGUUCAAACGCCGCAGCUACACCACCACCAACAACAACACAGCCACAAAUUUUAGAAGUAGAGAAGGAAAGAAUUGUGAAAGAUGGCUUCGAUGGAUUUAGUCAUGACUUGCAUUAUUUUGGUGACAAUGAAAUGAACUCGUACGGUCCGGAAGAUGCAGAUGGAGCGGAAGAGCUCCCAGAUAUUGUCAGUUGGGCAGCUGGAGAUGAAGGCUUGGUGGACUCGUUAGCUACACAAUACAACCACCCUGAUGGUACAGGUCUUUUCCUUGGAAAAUAUUUCGACAACAAAUUAGAUCUAAUGAAAUAGUUGGAGGUUACUUCUGUGAAAAUGCAUUUUUCGUAUGAAGAAGAAUAGCAGUAAACUAACUUCGGUGACAUGCCCAGAUGUAAGUUGCCCGUGGAAGUUAUGCGCUUUAAAGUACGAGAAUUCUUAUAGAUUUUUUUUAUUACCAAGUACCAUGGCGAGCACACAUGCGAGUUAUAACACAUAUCAAGUCGUCAUCCUAACGCGUCGUCGAAGACUUUGGGUGCAUAUUACAAGAAAGGGUAUGUUAAUGGCAAAGGCCCAUCCUCGUCGGAUCUGAAGGAUGCUAUUUUUGCAGAUUUUAACCAAAAUCUUACUUAUUGUCAAGAGUCGAGAAAUGAGUCAAGAGUCGAGUGCAUCCUUUGGGUCGAGAAAGUAUUGUCACUUCGGCAUGGCUGCCAGUCAAUUCACAGCUACAACUCCGGUGAAUGCUGGUAGGCGAUUCUCAAAAUGUUCCAAACCUAAGGGUAAAAGAUGUUAAUUUUGGGAAUGGAAUGAUGAUAUGCUAGACCCAAGGAUUGCUGACCUUAUCAGUAGUUUGAAGUGUGAAAAAGACGCUCUUAAGCAUGAAAUUAUUCUGCAGAUGAAGGUGGCUGAACUUGAAAAUAUAAUAUCAAUGGAUGAUCAUGAGGAAGAUGAUGAUGAUGGAGGGAUUGAACUGGAGGAAGGGCAUAUUCUUGUAAGUGAUUAUGUUGGAGGGAUAGUUAAGAUGAAUGAAAUGAGGCGGAACAAGUGGGUUAUACUAUUGUGCGUCAUUGUCGGAUUCGUAGCAGCAUGGAUGAUGAAGUGAGAAGGAAUAUUGGUUUGUUGUUAGUAGGAAUAGUUUAAUUACUGUAAGUUUGUUUUGUUGGAAGUCUUUUGGAUCAUGUGAUGUUGUACUAAUGUAAUGUUAUAUUUGAUGAAGUUAUUAGAUGCGACUUUGAAUC